AUGGCUGAUACCGCCGCCGCCGCCGCUAAGAAGCCGGCCAAGAAGGUCGCCACAAAGAAGACCGCAGCAAAGGCUGAUGCUGGAGCGAAGGCUGAAGUCGCGAAGGCCGCCCCGAAGGGAGACCGCAAAUCUCGCCAAACUCCGGAAGCUAUCCGUGCCCGUGUCAAGCGGGCCAAGGAACUGCGCACCCCGAAACCUAGCCUGCCGCGCCCGAAGAAGAGCUACGGUCGGCUGUGGGCCAAGGCUGUGUUUACCGGUUACAAGCGUGGUCUGCGCAAUCAGCAUGAGGGGCAUGCACUGCUGAAGAUUGAAGGUUGCCGCAACCGUAAGAACGUGCUGUUUUACAUUGGCAAGCGGUGCGUGUAUGUGUACCGUGGCAAGGUAAAGCGUAACCAUCCGUGUAGCAACAAGAAGUCCACGAUCCGCGCAAUCUGGGGCAAGAUUACCCGUUCGCAUGGUAACAGCGGCAGUGUGCGCGCACGGUUCCGCUCCAACCUGCCCGGACACGCCAUGGGCCAUCGCAUCCGAAUCAUGCUUUACCCGUCGCGUGUUUAA